AGCCCAGGGCAGAUAAAUGUUAAUUUUCUAAAUUUUUUAGGGGCCCCACGUGCCGGAUAGAAUGGCCUGGCAGGCCGCAUCUGGCCCCAGGGCUGCAUUUUGCCCACCCCUGCUCUAAGGGGCCCUAAACGAUUGUCUUGCCCAGGGCCUCAACAACCCUAGGGCCAUCACUGCCACUACCCUACUGUCCAUACGCUACUAGGAGGAUUUUUGCCUUUCACCAUUCGGUUGUGACAGCACUAUUUAUAGGAAAUACAUUCAAGGAAGGGACUGUGCUCGAGAACAACCAUUUAAUCAGGUGCACAGCUCAACCUCUGUAGGGUAAUGGGUAAAUAUCAUACUAGUAUUCUUGGGGAAACUUUCAGUGGGCACUUAGGGACAUCUACCAGGCAGAUGGGGAGAAACCAAAAUGAACAAUCACUGGUAUGGGGAGACUUGAUGGUAAACUUUCUGUCUUAAGAUAGUAAAGCAGAUUUGUUAUUACGUUGAUCUUUCUUAGACUGUUUUCCAUCCUUUUUGUUAAGCACAUACAUUCAACCCUAAAAGCAGAAGGCUGUAUUUCCCUAUCAGUUCUUGAUAAGAUGUGUAACAUAGGCACAGGUGGUGGAAAGACAAGAUUUGCAUUUCAUGAAAUCCGUGGGAUCUGCAAGCAUUCUGACGGCUGACGGAGUGGGGUCCUAUAGCAGUAGAGCAGUUGGGCCUUGUGCAUCUCUGAAGCUUUCCCUAGACAACCAGUUAGUGAGGAAUUUUUGUUGCAGUAGGUUAUAAUCUUGGUCGCAGAGAGAGGCAUUCCCUGAGGUCUAAAUGAUUAGGUUUUGUUUGCUCUGGAAAGAAGGUAGGUGGAAAAUGUGCACUGUGGUCUUUAGCUUCUACACCAAAUUCAACUGUGGUGUUAGCAGUAAAUGGACUUUGCGCCCAUAAUUGUAAGGACUGAAUUUGGUGCUGUCUGUCUUCUGCAGAAAAAAGCAGCAGAGAGAAUUGAGCCAUGUAUAAAAAAAAAAAUAAAUUACAGCCUCUUGUGUCACAAGGUAGUAGUAUCAUGAGCAGUUUCUGCUUUUCCCUAAGGAAAAUAACUUCAGUACUUUAGACUUAUCUUAUUCUCUCUCUUCUCCACAGGAAGGUUUCUGUUGUCUUUAUUGAUCUGUUGCCUGACUGUUCAGGCUUGGAUCCCUUCAAUCCUCUUGGUGUUUUCCAGAUUGUAAGGGGAAGCCAGUUUAGACUCAGGCUACAAAGUGAGUUAGUCAAAUAUUUAAUCACCUAAAAGAGCAGGCUCCUACUUAUAAGAAUGUUGUGUCUAAAACAGAAGAAUCACCUAGUUAAUAAGAACUGAUUCCAAGACUUCACCCAUUUUUGGGGGGUCCUCUCUGUAUUUCUCCACCUUCCCACACAGUUCGUUUCCAUAUAUGAAGUCAUCUUCCUUUGUUAAUGAUGAUGUAAGUGCUUGCACUGCAGGCAGUCCACUGGUAUAAUGUGAGAUCACUUUAUGUUGAACUACGUAGCAGGAGCAGAUAAAUUCUUAAACAUCCCCUUUUAAUGCAAAUGUUCCUUUCAGUGACAGAAAAUGAAAUGCACAAUUGUUUUGCUGAGACUCUUAGCUAUCAUCGGGGUCUUAGCGAAUCCUUAUUGAAAAAUGGAGGUAGGGCUUCUGGAACCGUAAUUGUUGGUAUACCGUGGGCCAGCACUGCCAACCGCCUUGCAUUUGGCCUUUAGGAAGGCUCUACUGAGAUGGAUUUGUGGACGAAGGAAACUCUGCCGCUUUCUUUGUUUGCAUUUGUGAUUAUUUUAAAUCCGUAAAUUGUCAGCUCUGUUUCUGAUAGAUACCAAAUUGACCAAUAGCAGCAACUGCAGCAGGAAGGGGUGCAUUACAACUUGUGUACAUUUAGAAGACAGGGUUCGGAUGUCCAUAAUUAUUGGCCUUUGUUUUAAAGGUGCGAUCUCCUUGUUCUCUGAAGAUACUUUUCUUGCACAAAAAGCCCUAGACUGAUCAAAAUUAUACACUUUUUUUUUUUUCCCUCUAUAUCUAUUCUGGCAACCCCCUCUAGUGGAGAUGCAGUUUAUGCCAACCAAGUGGUUCUUUUGCUCUUAUUUAAUUUAUGCAAGUUCUCUGAAGGGAGCAACUGUGUUUGUACUAAGGCUUUUUUUGUCGGACUGGCUAGGCUAGUUAGGAAUGGAGAAAGAAAACCACAUACCCAAAUGAGAUGGUUAUUUAUACCAGUAAAGCAUUUAACUGUAGGCUGUGCCUUUAAAUUGUUCAGUAUGUUCCUUGCAGAUAAAGCAGUCUUGGAAACAGCGGUCCUUUCUUUUAAAGUACUGUCAGAUCCAGAGAUUUGGGAAAAGGGAUGCUUUUUCAUUUUUCUUCUGCAUCUGAAGUAGACAGCUAAAAGCUCUCGGUGGCUUGCAAGCCUGUUGGUUUCAAGGGGCAGGCAGCUCAGAACUGUAUUAAUAUGCGUAGGAAUCUAUCAGGCUGAGAUUUUUACUGAAUGCAGCCCUUCUCUGAGUCUAUGUAAUUUCCUAGAAUCAUGACUUAAAAUUUGUCUGAAUUUGCAGCGUGUGCUAGAUGUCGCCAGGUUGAAAUUACCCUAAGUAUCAGUUCACUUCCCAUCUGAGGAAGGAGAGCUGAGAGUGAAGAGAGACUUGUGAGGAGCAGGGGGGUUUUUUGUACCGCUGUUUGGGUUCCCAAAAGUCUGAUGCAUCUUUUUUUUUGUUCAGGACGACAAUAUGCAAAAAUGAGUCAGUGCUGUCCAUUUAGAUUGUCUCGUACUUGAAAUUAUUUACUUCCAUAAACGUGAGCACAUGUUACCUUUGCAUUGCCAUUGAUUUUGCUCAAAAGUAACAGAGCUAUGUAGGGGAGGAUCACCAAUUCCUGCUCGAUUACCAAACUUAGCUUGAGCUAAGGUUUUCACAUUCCUGAAGCGUAGACUUUUAAGAACAAUGCCAAAAAUCAUGCGAGUUGGCAAUACUGCAUUCACUACUCCUUAAUCAACUGGAUAUAUUAAAGCUUUAAGCAGCUACUCCAUUUUUAGCCUAAAAGGCAUAGCCAUCUACAGGAAUUGGUGAUUCCUGUAUAAAAGAAAGAGCUAAGUUUUUCACAUUCCCAAAGUGUGGACUUUAAGAACAGUGCCAAAAAUCAGGAGAGUUAGCAAUACCGUGAAUGCUUGAAAUAACUGGUUUUUAGCCUCCAAUUCAUAUUGGUUUAGAAUGGGAUGGAAAGCGCCAUAUGUAACAGCAUCACCCCCUUGCCCCCCACCCUCAAUUUUACCUCUUUUUUGUUGUUUCACAUGAACAGUUAAAUCCUAUAGAGGUCAAAUUGCUAUACCUGAAAUGGAACUUAAAUUAUAUAGGAUUUUUUGUUAUAUCCCUGUAGAUUUUUUUUUUUCCCCCCCCAUCUUGCAAUGGCUACAUUUCUUUGAAAAUUGGUUUCUAUCAGACACUAGAUAUGAGCCCAGAGCAAAUUUUUACAGCGUGAUAUGAACUCCUGGAAAGUAUCUAACAUGGACAUCAAUUAUAAUUAACUUAAAGGAGUUAAUAAAACAAAGCUUGCCGUGGAAAUUGACUUGGAAGUUGAGUUUUAGUCCAUCUCUCAUUUAUGGGUCCAAACUUAACAGAGUGGUGAAUGCAAAAUGUUGUGCGUUUAGGCUUCCCAAUUUGCUAAAGGUUUUUGCCCAAUCAAGGAGAAAAGUUAUCUGUUUGAUGGCAGCUUUUAAUGCACAGGUUUGCUUGCCCUUCUCCUUCCGAGGGUGCAACAUAUUCACAAUCAACUUGAAGCUUUUGCUAAUAUGUUUUUUCUUCUGGCAGCUGUAUUAAUUUGUCUGUAGGUUGUUGUCUACUCGAUAACUUGUCAUCUUGGGUAAAGGUAAUCCAGCAAGCCUGGAACACAGAGUAGACGGCUCUUGAAAAAGCAUGCCUCAGGUACGAACUAAAAAAGAUCGUUGGGACUAUUUCUACUUGCUACACAACAAGGUUUAGACGCUUAAGAACAAGACUUCUGAUUGCAGGGGAGCAGGGUUCUGUGACAAGUGACUACUCCCUGGAGAAGGAGGAGAGUGCGGGAGAGGAAGACUUCACUGAGUAGCUCUUCAUUAUGGUCAGCAGGUGGUUCUGGUGGACAAUACAGGCUUUACCGGUCUUGGAAAGACAUCUUCAUAUUUGCUGAGAGAAGAAAAGUGGUGGUAGCUCUAGUUUACAUGUGCAGCAUUUCCUUCUGAUUACAAUGUCAGGCUGACCCACUUUGAAAUAUUCUCAAGACACUAGAUUGGGACUAAGGUGUAAAUUCUAGAAGGGCUGACUGCUUUGAGAGGCUUUUUAUGUGGACAGGUGAGAUCUUUUUGGAAUCAGAGGAUGAAUUCUAUUUCUCAUGUUCUGAGAAAUAUGCCUGCAUUUUUUUCUGUUUUAUAAUACAGGAAAGGAGUGCUCUGCUCAUUAUUCUGUCUAAACCAACCAACCACUCAUCACAUUUCUAUUCUCAGUCCCACUUUACACCGCCAACCUACAAACAGUGCUGGUGGUUUUUGAGUUUUCCAUUUCCUAUCUGUCUAGAAGGACCCAUCAGAACAAUGUGGAUGGAUGGGGCCUUUGAGAUGGAUGCAGAGAUUGGCAGUAUGCAGCCCACAGGCUGGAUCCAGCCCAGAAAAGGUCCAGUUUGGCAUGGGAGAUAGGUAGCGCAAAGCUGUGCUGUUCUUCCCAUCCUCCCUGCAGUGCCGCUCUCUGCUGUGGAGGCUGCUGCUCCGCUGCAUCUGCACUUACCCUCACUGCAGGGUAGGGAGGAGAUCAAUGCAAAGGGAAGGACAGGCAGAUGGCUGCUCUGAGGGGCAGAAACUUGCCUGUGGUCAGGGCCAGGUCGGAAAAUGUGGCCCCUGCUGGCAGAAGGUUAUUGAUCCCUGGGCGGUUAGAGGGAUUGCAGAAAUGACAGCAUUUAAUAUGAUAGUGUUGGAGUGAUGUUGUAGCUGCAGCGGUCCAGGAAUCACGCAAGAGGCAAGGAUUUCAUAGGGUGAUCAACCUUUUAUUGAACCAACUGUGUUGUUGAAAAAGGAUGUCUUGCAUUUGAAAGCUUGUCUAACUCUAUGCCAGCUAUGCAGUUGGUCCAAUAAAAGAUACCACCCGAAGAAAUCCUUGCCUACAGCACAGUCAUCCAUCGAUAUUUAUCAUUGUGCAGUUAAAUGAGAGUGUUAGGGGGAUGGUCUAGUAAGCUUUAAGGUGGGAGAGGGGUAGAAAGGAAGCAGAAAUUACAGUGUUCAUACCAUAAAUCAAAAAAUAAAUGUAAAAUAUUGCAGUAGAAAACAGUGGCUUGGUAGCUUACUACCAAGAAGGAAAACACACCUGCCCAAAGCAAAGUAACUCACUUAAGAAAGCAGCCGAGAUCAGCUUCUCUGCUAAAGUGACUGAGAAACUCCACCUGAGAGAGUGUGGUGCUUUCAAGAAACGUUCCUGCAGCAUUUUUCUGUGAAUGAUGAAAUAAAACAAAACAGUCCAGUCAGCAGAGUUGAAACAAUAAGAAUAUAUUGGCUUACUUUCCCCCAAGAAAAGAAGCAUAUGCUACCCUAUUGCAUUUUAUAAUGCAUAAUCACAAAACUUAUCCGUCCUGCUCUGUUUGCCAUCCUCUGCAGCGGCGAACAAUCAGAAACAGGUGUGCUUCCCUGUGCCAGCUCAUGCUGUAUCAGACUUCUGAUACUUUUGUCCCCAAUUGCGACUGCAUGGCGGGGUGUGUGUGCGCGUGUGCGUGUGUGUGUUGGCUGUCAGGGCUUCCAGUACAUGCAUAGGCAAAAGUACUGUUCUGUAUGCCUAUUGCAAAAGGGUGAGUUAAAAAAAUCUGUUGAACGAGGCCUGUGAACAAGCACAUGCAAUUGUACAUGUGUUGUGUUUUCCCCCUACUAGCUUCUCCAGUUUAUUACAAAUGUUAAGUGCUUGCUGCAGAGAGAAAAGUCUGCCAUAAACCUCAGACUGUGCACUUGGAAAGUGUGCUUUUUAUCAGGCGGUACAAUUAACGUUUUUGUGUCCAAAUUUUAAAAUUAUUUGCUCUAAAUUAGACUUUGGUUGCCCCUCAUUUUUCUGCUGUUGAUGAGAAUUACAGAAAUUUGAAGGUAUUUUCCUCCUAGUAAGAAAAACCCAAGUUAGUAUUGUUCCCAGAGAAGGGAGUGCAUCACAGAAGCUACUACCACCGGUUUCCCCUUUGCCAGUGCCCGUAGAGAGAACGAAUGAAAGGACUAUUAAGCCUGAACUUCCCUCCCAUUACUAGCAAUGAUCUUCAGGCUGAAGUUCAGCGUUCAGGAAUCUUGCUGCCUGCGUUAUGCUUGUCCUAUGGAUACACCGCGGACUUGGGGCUAUCAAUCCAGACUUUCCAACAAUACUUUUAUCUCCUUUCCCCUCUUGCACAGUUAUUUUAAAAAAGAAAAAGCAGCUGAAGUUGUCAAAUUUCAACAGAUCUCUUCAGUCUGGUUCUGAAUAUGGAACAUGAAAAGGAAAGGUGUGGCAUAGAGAAGACAGUUGUAUCCAUGCGAAUGCUUCGUGCAUCUGAUUACCAAAAGUAAUUCUCAGUCAGGAAACUGAUAAGAGAGACGUAGUUGAAAGGCGUCAUGUUCUCUUUGCUUUUUUGUUCAGUGCAUUUCUAGCUGGCUCUUAAUGCAAUUUAACACUUCCUCUGGUACCGUAAUUGCAGCUGUAUCUCCAAUCAUGGGGAGUAAAGGAAAAAAAAAUGGAAGCAGUCAUGAAUGGAAGAGGGAGGGAGCAUCUAUAAGACAAGCAUUGCUGAUAAGGAGAUCCUCAUCUUGAGAAAAGGUUGGGAAUCUCUAUUUUAACUGCAGAGUGCCAUAAAACUAACUUAGACCAACAUGGCUACAACCUAAACCCCCAUAAAAGUAAGCGUACAUUCAGUCACGAUCUGCUUUAGCUUUUUGUUGCUAAAGCCUUAAGAAAACAUGCUAAACGUUAGUUCCCUGGUAUUGAACACGCUUGUUGCUCACAGCUGAUCUUAGAUCACCUGCACAACCUUCUGAAUGCAUGAUCAGUUGUUGUGACACUUGAAAUAGUUUCCAUUCUCUACAGCCUUUGCAGAGCAAUUAAUUUUUUUCUCCUUUAAACUAUUUGCAGCUUCAGAUUUUUCCUCUCUCCCUGUUCCAUAACUGUUUUUCCCCGUUCCUUUUGUGAGUAUUUACUUCAUCCUCUCUGAAAUAGGUAAUAGCCGGCAGUUAUUGUUUGCAUAGUUGCGUGACAGAGAAAGCUGGAGCUUAAUUCUGUCUUUUAACUGUGCACGCACCUUUUACUAAAGAUCAGUAUGUGCCUGAGGUAUAGUUAGACCCACAAGUAUUUUGGAUACUUUUUUGACGUGUUGUACAAUGCUGAAAAAAGCAUAAUGUUAAGAACUCAGACUUUCGAUCCAGGGCAACAUGCAUCAAGAGCUCGGGGCUUGAGACAAACAAGGGAUUGUUACAUUUUUAAGGUAUUUUGAAAAAAAGGCUUCUACUCUAUCUGGUAAGUCGACAUGGUUGGGGUUUGUUAGGAGAGCGAUAGGGGGCAUUAAUCAGGGUGCACAGAUCAAACAGCUCAGCUCAUCUGGGUAUGCAGAAUGGGUUGAGGGGUUUGGUGUUAUUUUUUGCUUCUGUUUUGACAUGAAAACCAGUUGGUGGAAAGGAAGAAUUUCAUUUCAGAACAGUCUUAGGAGAAGAAAGCUGAAUUGAUUAAAUAAAACCUGCUCCUGUGCGGUGUCACUUCUUGAACAGCCUAAUGAACUUGGUUCGUGUUCGUAGGCCUACGCCUGCAAGAAAAUACGCAGUAUCCGUAGCUCCCUAAGGAGAAAAAGGUGGGAACAUUUCGUGCAAAAUCAAGGAUGCUUGUUUGCUGGGAAUAACAAAAUCUAGCUCUCCAAGUCCUACUUUGCUAAGUGACCAAGGUUUUAAAAGGGCAAAAUUCUUCGAACAGCAGGAAAUCCUACUAGCCCACACAACAAAAACAAAGGGAACUGACACAGGGCUUGUAAUUCAAAUACUGACAGCCUGUUUUUAUUGCUAACUACUGUACUCUGAAGCUCUCUGCCUGUGUGGCUCUGAUUUCCUUAUAGCCUGUUACCCAGUUGAAACGAACAACCUAUUGUUACGGGUUGGUUGCUUAGAAAUUUAGGAUAAUUUUUAUGCUUCUUAAUACCGGCUGCAUGAAAGCCUGCGAAGCUUGGUCACUGCAUUUUGCUUCUGUUUGAUGAAAAGAAAUCCCGGAGACCGCUUGAAGCUAAUUUUUUCUAUAGUAGGGACAAUUCUGGGUACAUUAGCGAGGCGUAAGGGUUAAAUCCCCAACACUGUCGCAUAUGGCAGUGAGCAGAAUCGCAGAUGUUGAUGAUACAACGUAAUUAGUAUUCUUUUAUGUAAAUGAAGGCUGUCAAUGUUACCAUAGUGUCUACUCUUUCAAGCUGGAAUCUAUUGCACUUGGACUCACCAAGACUAGACAGGAUUAUUUCACAAUUUUGAGUCAAGAAUUGAGCGGAAACAGAUAAAUAGAGAAUACAGAAAGGGGUAGGGAUGGGAUUGGAGUGGGGGAGAGUUUCAACUUACUACACUAGGCCAUGUUCAUGCUUUUAUUUCUGACCGUGCCUUCCCAGAUCCUGUUGUGUUGUAAAUGAGCAGGCAUCCCCUAACUGCAAGGUACAGUCCAUUUCCGAACUAUGCUUUAAACAGACAAGGUUAUUCUGAUAUUGAAGCGAUGCAGAGAGAGAACAUUUCUAAACAGACUACUUUUAUUCUUCCCUAUUUGAGAACAAACAAUAGAAAGAGUGCAGAGGUUUCAUUUGCCUUAAAAUCUGCCUCCUUUAAUAGCUGCAUUAGCGAUAAGGAGCUUGGUAGUAAAUUUUUAAAUUACACUUGCAUAACAAAUGUAAGAGAACCUAUGGCGUCUAUUCAUUGACUUGUCAAAUGUGCCUUCUGCACAUUUGCAGUUGGUGGCUCCAAUGUCCAUCUUAAGACUCUUUGAAAGCAUGAGAUUUCCAUAGUAACAUUACAACUAUAUUCUCCAUUGAAGUGGCAUUCUGAUCUUUAAGCUUUCUGCACGCCAGAUAUGAAACUCUGUCUUGAAUGGUGUUAUGAAUGUCUGUAACCACUUUGUGCUUAUUGCUGUUAUUACAGAUAUUACAACUUUACGCUAUAUUGAAAUACUUCAGUUCUGGGGUGUUUAUAUGAGGGUGGGUGCAUGUGUGUGUCUGUAUGUAUGCAUGUCGUAUGUUAUGGGAGUUACCUUUAUUAUUGAAAACAAAAUCCUCUUUCAAGCCUUCUUUUUUUUCCCCUCUGCCUUGGACAGAAGAUACAGUACUUGACAGUCUCUUCUAGCUUCUCAUCCUUAAAUGUUGUUCUAUUUUAAGAUGCUUAUAUUUGGCAUUCUCUAUUUCUGCAUUUUUUGUUGUUGCUAUAAAAAUCAUGUAGUAAAUGGAGUUUCAUUCAGAACAGACUCCAUGCCCCCCCUUCCACCCUGAAAAGAUCUCCUGUGAAGUCAAAAUCAAAGUGAUCACAGGAGGUGCACAUUUUUGCUCAGUUUUCCUGUUCAGAUUUUACUUUGCCAUAUGGCAGGUCAUCCACUAUGAAAGACCUAUAAUGAAGAGGCUGUGUGUGAUCAGCAGAUUUAUAGAUUAUCAGAAAAUGAAAUCAGAAAAAUGAAAUUCCAGUCUGCCCUUUUCCAUUUGACAUUUCUUCACAGCCAUGUAUUUGGGUUGUUAGGUACAUUAAUGUCAUGGCUUCCAGCUAAUUCUGUUCCCUAUUAUGAAUAUGUUCUCUGCAGUAGCUCUUACGUUGAGGGGAUUAAUUGUGUUGUAAAGCAGCUCUGCUAGGUUUUUUACUUUGUUUACAUGUAUCACAGGAAUUUUUUUUUCUCUCUCUAGGGCUUUGAAGCUGUGCUGCCUUUAUGUGAUGAAGAUCUAAGUAGUAAUUAAUUUCCCGAAGAACUGCCAAGGCUCCUUUGGCUAAAAUGGGGAUGUUCCAUGCUUUGGUCACUGAGUUGCGAAAAAAAGAAUGUUUAAACAUGACUCAGUUAAAGCAGUGGAGACUUCUGUAAGACAUGGAUAGAUGCAAACAUGUUGGGCGGCUACGACUCGCCCAAGACCAUUCUAUCCUGAACCCCCAGAAGUGGCACUGCAUGGACUGCAAGACAACAGAGUCGAUAUGGGCAUGUCUGAAAUGCUCCCAUGUGGCCUGUGGAAGGUACAUUGAGGAACAUGCACUUAAACACUUUGAAGAAACCAGACACCCGCUGGCAAUGGAGGUUAACGAUCUCUAUGUGUUUUGUUACCUUUGUGAAGACUAUGUCUUGAAUGAUAAUCCCGAGGGUGAUUUGAAAUUGCUAAGAAGCUCUCUGUCAGCAAUUAGAAGUCAAAAGCAUGAUCCAUCAACAAGAAGUGGUAGGACAUUGCGAUCAAUGGCUUUGGGGGAGGACGUAUGCAGCCAUCAAAGGACCCCUCAGGGACAGCCUCAGAUGCUCACUGCUCUCUGGCACAGGCGGCAGUCCUUGCUAGCAAAAGCGCUGCGGACCUGGUUUGAUAAGAGUUCGAGAGGCCAGUUGAAACUAGAACAAAAGAAACGACUGGAGGAACUGGAGAAAAAGAAGGAAGCAGCCAGGCAGCGACGACAGGAGAUGAAACGGCGGCUUCUGGAGGAGCUGGCAAACACUCCUCCCAGAAAGAGCGCAAGGCUGUUGUCUCAUGUUCACAGAGAGAACCUGAUUCCAAGGAAAUUCAGAGAGAUGGCAACAGCUUCCCCUACCUCAAGGAGAGUGCAGAGCAGCAAAUUCAAACAGUUUUAUUCCAUCCGGCGCAAGCCCCUUAUGACUCCAGGUGUGACUGGUUUAAGGAACCUUGGAAACACAUGCUACAUGAACUCUAUUCUGCAAGUGCUAAGUCACCUCCAGAAAUUUAGAGAAUGUUUUUUGACACUUGACCUCUGUGAAACUGAAGAACUCUUAGCCAAAACCGUGAACGGGAAGUCUAGAAUGUCUGGCAAGUUGGCAAACGGAUCUGCUGCUAAUGAGUCAGGGAAGAGUGACAAAAUGGGGUCAUAUGGCAGGCAAAGCUUGCCAGUUGGCUUAAAUGGUGGGUCCUCAAUUAGCAGGAGUUUGGAACUAAUACAGCCCAAGGAACCAAGUUCAAAGCACAUCUCUCUCUGUCACGAACUGCACACCCUCUUCAGAGUAAUGUGGUCUGGGAAGUGGGCAUUAGUGUCUCCAUUUGCCAUGCUGCACUCUGUGUGGAGUUUGAUUCCAGCAUUUCGAGGUUACGAUCAGCAGGACGCUCAGGAAUUUCUUUGUGAGCUGUUGGACAAAGUGCAGCAGGAGCUGGAGUCUGAAGGGACGAAGCGCAGGAUCCUCAUCCCUUUCUCGCAAAGGAAGCUCACCAAGCAGGUUCUGAAAGUGGUGAACACCAUUUUCCAUGGGCAGCUCCUCAGUCAGGUCACCUGUAUAACAUGCAACUACAAAUCCAACACCGUUGAGCCCUUCUGGGAUCUUUCCCUGGAAUUUCCUGAACGUUAUCACUCUAUUGAGAAAGGGGUUGUCCCUGUAAACCAGACAGAGUGCAUGCUGACAGAAAUGUUGGCCAAGUUCACAGAAACUGAAGCUCUGGAAGGGAGGAUAUAUGCAUGCGACCAAUGCAACAGCAAACGGCGGAAGUCUUCUCCUAAACCUCUUGUUCUGAGUGAAGCUAAAAAGCAGUUAAUGAUCUACAGACUACCUCAGGUCCUCCGGCUGCACCUUAAACGAUUCAGGUGGUCUGGACGUAAUCACCGUGAGAAGAUUGGGGUCCAUGUCCUCUUUGACCAGGUAUUAAACAUGGAACCUUACUGCUGCAGGGACUCUCUCUCCUCUCUUGACAAAGAGACCUUUGUCUAUGACCUCUCCGCUGUGGUGAUGCAUCAUGGGAAAGGGUUUGGCUCAGGACACUACACAGCAUAUUGCUACAACACAGAGGGAGGUUUUUGGGUCCACUGCAAUGACUCCAAACUGAAUGUAUGUAGUGUGGAGGAGGUGUGCAAAACCCAGGCCUACAUUCUUUUUUACACUCAAAGAACAGUGCAGGGCAAAGCAGGAAUCUCAGAAACACAACUCCAAGCUCAGGUGCCGUCCAAAAACAGCGAUAAGGACAGAAGACUGACAUUCCCGUGACGGGAAGCAUCAGUAACUCAAUCGACAGUCUCAGUUAUUUUAAACCAUUGGUGUUCACAUCUUUCCUCUUUGUAGGAAUGAAGAAGGCUCACUGCAGGAACAGAUCAGAGCGUCGUUGGCCACCCAAGGUCUGGAACAGUGUGCGUCUGGCUGUGUAAUUCUGUCACGUAAGAUUGUAAACAGAAUCUUCAUCGUUAAAAGGUAUCGGUAAACCAUGCUCUCCUCGGAACAAGAGAAACCACUUCAGGUGCCUAGUAUCAUGAAUCUUAUAUUGCAAAAAAAUUAAAUAAGGCGCAUGAAAGUAAUGGCAGCCCAUUGUGUUCAGCAAGGAUACAAAAUCAUCAAACCAGCUCCUAAUUACACUGCAUUCCCUGGUGGGGAAUGCUGAUGAACCUCCAAACGAAAUGCACAGGUAUGGUAGAACCUCUUUAACCUUGUUGUGAAGUAUGGCUCAAAGCGUGACUUGCUUAUCCAACUGCUCCUAAGGUAUCUACAGUAGAUGGGGCCCUACUGUGGUAAAAGCCGCUCUUGCUGAAGUCACGAAGGCCCAUUGACAGCAACAGGUCAUUUUCUGGGUACUGGUGGGGCCCAAGCGUAGCAUUUGAAUACACCUUGACAGUUUUGUGUAGGCUGAAUUGACUUGCCGAUUUACUUUUUCCGGUUUGCAACAUGCAGUAUAACAAAAGUGGUUCUGCUCUAGAAAGGGAUCGUAUAAAAAUGGAACAUUUUGUUUGACCAGAUCUGCCCCUGCACGUUCAGAACUGUAUCUGCUGACAGCUUUAAAAACAAAAUACAGAUCAUGUUUACACUAAAUUAAAAUAAGGCCAUGUCUAUGCUACGCACUUCUGGCAGGCCACCCCUGUAUAUCGGUCAGGGGUGUCAAGAAGUGUGAUCCCUUGCCAGCACAGCUGAGCCAGCAAACGCUGUGAGCAUGGGUGCAGCUUAUAUUGGCAAAAUUCCAGUAUUACAAAUAUAGCUUAUUUUGCUCAGGGCAUGGGGUUAUAGCUGCAAAAUAAGUUAUACCAGGAAAAGCACAGUUUUGAGCAUAUAAGCUGUAUCCAUGCUAAGAGCACUUUACCAGAACAGUGUACUUGACUUUUAUGCACGUUGGAUCAUUGCAUAAUUCAUUUAAAGGCAUGUUAAAGGCCCCACGUUUUUCUUCCUAUUGCUUGCAUUAUUGCAAAUGUCCAGUAUUUGCAUCUUGGUUAUGUGUUGAAACUACUUGAGCACAGACAGUAUUUCAGAUCCCUUUCUACUUUGUAAAAGCAUUUUACUCUGGUUAAUUGCAUAUUAAUUGGCUCCAGAAAUGGCGACGGGGAAGUGCCUUUCAAAAGGCUGCUGCUAGAAGCUUUGAAAAGGAUGGGAGCUAGUUUAGUUUUGGGGCUGUUAAUAUUGCAACACUGACAAAGCCGUGUACUCCGAGCGGUGCGUGUGUUACCUUCGGAUAAGUGGAUCUCCAUCAAGCAAGUAGAAAGCCUUUUUUUCUAGCCCCAGUGCCGUGCACUUAAACAGAGUACACUGUAUUGCUGUACAAUAAGCAGUUGUGAAUGUAGGCCUGGCCUGUGUGAGCUGAUUAUAUCACUGCACGGGCCAUUUCAGCUAUAAGAAAACGAGCCGGAUUCUUUCGGUGUAUAAACAGGGCUUUAGUCAGCAGCUCUCUGUCAUACUUGUGCAAACUCAAGGAAGGCAGUGAGGUUGUACCAGUAUAACUGAGUAUAAUUUGGGCCAGGCCAUCUUGUAUUUGUACCAAUGUUCUUUCCUUCCUGCACACAGCUUGACUUUCGGGUCCCACAGUGCCUUUGCAGGGCUGCAAAAUGUGUAAGAGGAAACAAACCAUGUGUGCAUGCAAUCUGAGCUUGACAUGGCGCUUUUCCAAUGAUUUCCACACACAGGGGUCUCCCUGCGCUGUUUGUAGCCACUUUCUGGAGCAGAACCACAUUUCAAACAUCGGAUGGUGUGAGGCUUUUGCUGUCUGUGCUCUGGUUUUGGGGUUGCAGAAACGUUUGCGAGCGGUUCAGUUGUUCCUCUGCAGUCCAUCUAGAUUGUUCGGAAAUGGUGAGGGUGCCAUUCAAUAACCCACUGAGUGCUUUCAACUUCAGCUCAGCAUCCAGGUAAAGAAGUCCUGAAACCAUUCUUCCUUCCCCUCCCUUGUACUUUUGUCAGCGUUUGCCCAUUAGACAUGUACCACCUGGCAGAGCUGACCCUUGUUGCUCUGGAGAGUGGUGGGGUAAGUUUCCUUCUGUUGCCACUGCCAUGAUCACACUUAACCUCUUGCCCCAACAGGCAAAACAGGCUCUCUUCUCAGAUUGCUGUUAAUCACUCUGGACAGCCAGAGGGGCGGGAGUCACUCAUGCAGCAGGACAGACAAUUAACUCCUUUCCUUUCACUGGAGCAGAGAUUCAGGCAUUUUUCUCAAUGACCUGCUGAGUCUCCCCUGUCCUUGGGAAUUCAAAUUGUUCAGCAUUCCCUUUCAUGCAUGUCUGAGCAACCUGCUGCUUCUGAGCCUACAACAAAAUGCCUGUUUUCUUGCUGUUAAAUGUCAUUUCCGAAUUGUACCCUUAGCCUCCAAUUGCUGUUACUCACUGGAGGCAAUCACGUAGGUGCUGAUAAAAUGAAAUGUAUUUUUUUUUAAAAGCCUUAUCUGUAACUAGAGUUGGGAGGAUAUGACUUUUAUUUAUUCAUCUUGACAGUUAUCUGUGCAUUUAUUUCCUAGGUUUUGGAUUGGGUUUUUUUGUGUGUUUCUUUUUUUUUUUUUUUUUUUUUUUUGCCCUACCAGGAAAUGAAAACAGAUAUUUGUCAUUCAAAAUAUAAUGGGACAGAUUAAGAAGCCCUGUCAAAAGGUGCACCUCCAUUGAAUUCAGUGGAAACUGAAUUUGGUCCAGUGAAUGUAAGUUGAGCUUCAUUUAAAAAAAAAAAAAAAAAAAAAAAAGAAAAGAAAGAAAACAUUCAGUGGGUUGAUGAGAUGUAUGCUUAAGCAUUGUGGAAUUUUUGCUAGAGCAAGAUGUAGGUGCUUAAUACCUUUAAAAAGAAUCUAAAAAGAAAAUUAGAGAUAAAGUUAAAAUGUUGCUUAACUAUGCCUUUUGAAUCCUCUCGAGGUGGAGGGAGAAGUUGAUAUUUUCUAAAUUUACUGAUUUAUCCUUCUAAGUCUGUCCAACUUCUAAGAUGAAACCGGAUCGGCUUUUCCACGCGGGGAGGGGAGAGAGAUUACAUUUUUCUCUUGAACAGGAGAUCCAUGGUUCGCUAUGACUGACCCUAGUGAUGAAUUCUGAAUACCUUUGCUGAUGUAGCCCUGUUUGUAUAAAAAUGUCUGACAUAAAGGCAAACACAAUGCAGCGUUACAGUUGUGACUGCAGUGAGCCUAGACUUAUCACUAUGAAUGCUCAUCUUUUGACUGAGUGUGUUGCAUUAAUAUUUGAAUUCAGGUAGUAAUAAAAUUGUCACUUGAAUCGCAUAGGUAGCAGAGGGGGAAGGGAGGCUGGAAGGAAGGUGUACCGUUAGCUCUCAGUGCAUCAGAUUUCCCAAGCAGAUUAGUAGCGUUUGCUGCUGACAUCUUUUGAGAUUAGUGGCCUCUCCAUGUGACAUGAGCCCAGUAGUGCUGAGAUGUGGAGAAAUUGCAGUCAGAAAAAAUGACCUACCCUGGUAGGGAAGGAAGUAAUUAUACUUUGAAGUAAACUUGCUUUUUCCAACACUGUGAGGUUUCUGUAAUAUUUAGCUUUUAUUUGGAAGCGAUAGCGUAUAGCAUUUUUUAUGCUGUUUGGUUUAUAUUUGUCUACUGCAGGCUUCUUUAUAUAAGCAUUGCCCAAUGCUCCCACUGUGGUGUACACUGUUUUAUAGUGUCUGGGUUGCCAGAAAUUCUUAUUGGAAGUUACCUUGAGGUCAAUAUGAUGAACAUAGAUCUUGCUUGCAAUUGCAGCGAAGCCCACUUAAGUGAAUCUUGACAAACUUUGUCCCUCCUUAAUCCUGACAGUCCGAUGCCGCUCAUUCACAGCUGAUGUCAGUUGACUUAUUCUGGAUUUAAUUCCCAAUCCUGCAAACUUUUAAGUACCUGGUGCAUCUUAAAUCAUGCAAGUAGCCUCCAUUGGCUUUAAUGAGACCGCAGAUAUGUGAGUAAAUGUAAGCCCCGGGGAAGUGCCAGCAGGAUCACAGCCUUAAAUUGGUGUAAAUGGGAGCAGAAUUUGGCCCCGUGCAUAUACCUAAUUUAUAUUCAGUGACAAAAGUCUGUCGGAGCAGACUAAUUAAACCUCUCUUUAAAUGAUUCGCUGAAUGACAUAUUAAACAAGUUGUCCUUGCGCUAAUUUACCAGCUAGAUAAAAGCCCCUUUGCAAGAGGUCCCUGCUUGCAUGUAGAAGGAUGUCUGUGACUGAAUUUGGAGGUUUUGGAGCAGCAGCAGGUGCUAGGCCAAAAUAUUAGAGCACUGCGGUAGAUUAAAAAGCAGUCAUCACUGUUCAGUCUCUCCUGUGGCUCUCUAGGAACCCAGCCUGCAGAGUAAGUCCCGUGAACUGUAUGCAGAGCAACACCUGAAGGUGACUGGGGUUGGCACCUUGUGGAACAGGGCCCCAAAAGCAUAGGAAGCUGCUGUAAUUAAUCAGUGACUUGCGCUGAUCCAGAUAUGCAGUUUUACCGAGAGAGUUGCUACCAGCACCUCCUUAAUGUUUUAAAUCUUAUGCAAAUUGGCUUUAUUUCAUCCCGCAUGUGAAAUUCAAGAGACUUAAUUCACAACGUUUUGGCCAGAUUAAAAGCAAGGUCUGCUGCAGAUUUGUUUUAGGCUAACUUGACCCCACCAGCAAGUUUUAAUUACAACAGCUUCCCAGAAAGUUAUUGUUAACCUGAAUUGCCGGGUUUGAACUAUGCACCGGGCAAAGAGGAGUUUCACUGCAAAGUACUGAAAAACGGCAAAGAUUUUGUUUUGUUCGCUACUUACAAGAACACCGUCUUGGUUUGGUGACUUCAGAAGUGGUCAUGAUUAUGGCAGUAAGCUGAAUAAUGUGUAUUCAGCUAACUUGCACCAAACCGUCAUCAUCUUAGUCUCAUGUUUUCCAGGUGAUGGUAACGCCUCCAGAUAGUUAAGAACUUCCAGACAUGUUUUUAGAGAGUAGAAAUAAAAUUGGGAAUGGUGAAAGCAUUAAUUGUGUCCUAUGGACUCGCACUCAGAGGUUAUUUUUCUUUAAAGCAAAGCUUCUAGCACAAAUGUUGUCUCUGUUAUGUAGAAGCUCUGCUUUUUGAUUGUAAAGUCCCCUGCUCUGCAUAUGCAUAGUUAUUUAUCAGUUGAAAGACAACAGGCAAGUGGGUUUUGGCUGCCCCCAAACUGCCCCGGUAUGGACUACAGGAGAGGUCAACAGUAUUGCAGAAUGAAAAGUGUGUGUGUGUGUGUGUGUGUGUGUGUGUGUGCGCGCGCUGUGUGUGUGGAGGGGGGGUGGAGUUGGAGAGUGGGAUGAGGAUGAGUUUUGCCUACUGAAAAAGCUUUGUGAACUAAUUUUAUAUGAUUCAUUAAAUUUGGUGCCUUGUAUCCAAUUACAUUUUUGCAUGGGACAGAAAACUUGGGAAAUGAUUUUAAAAUUCCCCUCUCGUUAUUCAAGUGGCAGACAAAUCUGUGUGUUUUUUACAAGUACUUUUCGGUAUCAUUGACAUUUGUACAUUUCAUAUCUAUGUGAAAGAAAAAAAAAAAAAGUUUACCAGCAAGUUCAGAAGUUAGUAUUUUAGUGUGUUUGUCUGAGAUUCCUGUAUUUGUAAUAACUCAAAUGACUACUUGUUCAAAGGCAGUUCAUGUUUUGGCUUUUUAAUUUUUCUUAUGUCACUCAGGCCACUUCCAGUCAGGUCAAAGCAAGUACCUUAUUUACAACGAGCUUGCAUAUUAUGAAUGAUAAACUCUGUGGCGUUUUGGUGAAGUAACAGCAGCUUGUAUUUCAACCAUGAUGACUGGCAACUGCUGACUUACAAAGGAAAGGAAAAAUUCCCCUUGCCAUGGUACUAAUUGCACAGAUUUCCAGUUAGCAAUGUGUAGCAAUCUGUCUCGUGGGUGAGCAGCGUUUAUGCAAGUGGUACAGUUGCUUAAGGUGGCUAAAUAUCUCUGCUUAAAGAGUAAAUGGUAAAACAUAAGCACCUGCUCAGAACAGUGUCUUUGUGUCUCUCUCUAAUCCCUGCACCCGGCUGGAGAUCAGACAGGGAGGAAGCAGUGGGUAGGAAUUGUUGCCGGUGGGAAUAUAAAACCUCAAUUGGGUGUGGGUUUUUUGCCUCUAUUACAUUAAUACUGAUGCCCAUUUAUUAUGGAUGGGAAUGUGAAGCGUUUUAGCAAGCUUUGACAUUUGCAAAACCACAGCACAGUUUGAAUGAUCAAAAACUGCAUCUGUUAAUUACCUGUCCCAACUCGUGAUGAUUUGUCUUGGUUCAUUUUUAGGGCGUGCCUUUGGGCCAGCCCUUCCAUCGUGCUUAUUUCAUUCGGUGUGUGUAUGAGUUUUUUGUGCUACGGAUAACUUGUAUGGUUGGCCGCAACACUUUCAAAGGAAUUUUUAAACUGAAAUCGGUCUUCAUAAAAAGUGAAUUUUUUUUUUCAACUUACAUUUCCAGAAGGGAAAAAAAAAUGACCAGCCCAGUGGGCCCAAGACUGACUUUAACCACUAACUGUUAAUUUAUUGUGUAAAGCUUGUGCAUGAUUCAGGAUGCAUUGGAGCUAGAGCAAAAUACUGUAUACUUUAGGGCACUUUCUGAACUGCCCUCUUACUGAAUUCUGUUCAGGUUGGAGCUAGAGAAAGGGAAGAGUUUUAAACUAAUGCCAAAUUGACCACAGCUAAACGUUAAGGCCGAUUUAUAUGAGGGAAGAAACACUGAGCAAGACAGGAAUGCAGUACAUGGGGAAUGCAUUUUGUCGGGGUGUAGUGGCUAAAAGGUAUAAAAUCCAAGAAUGGAAUCUCCUCAGCAGCAAAAUCCAAACGUCAGGGCAAAAAGCUCCUCUUUGGCCAGUAACUUACUACUUAGAGUGAACAGUGCAUGCAUUUAACACAAAGAAUGUACAUGCAGAAUUAUCUGGAGGUUAAAAAACAAAAAAAAGCAAAGAAGAUAUUUUCUGAACCCCCACAGUGGUCACAUAACCCCCACAUUGCUCAGACUACUUGGAGGCAAGAAAAGAAUGGACAGAGAUAACCAGUGUUCACUUGAACAUUGAUUUGUGGUAGUGAAAAUCUUGGUUAUACAUUUCAGGGUAAAAAAAGAUGGCAGUAGAUACAGGAAGGAGGAGUUGGACUUUUUAGUAAAGAGAACUUUCAGAUGCUAGGUUUUAACUUGAAAAGCAAAAAAACUCCUCAUGGCACUGGGAUGAGAGUCUACAUCACUUCUAAAUUAGUCUGCAUCUCAGCAGGCUGAUCAACACUGAUUUUUGUAUCAGUGUAACUUCUUGUUAUGGGUGUUACUUUUUUUUAAUUGUGCAGCUACAAGAGAUCAUCUGGCUCCAAUGUGGAUGUACUUUUAAGCAAGAGAAGGGCUUUUGCAUUUAUAGCUUACUCCCUCCAUAAAUGUGUGAGCACACAGGUUUCCCAUCAGGUAAGUAAGUGCUGGAACUUAAAAGAGUGUCAGUUGGGCUACGUUAGCUACCUACAUGCUCACGUACCCCCCAGUUAACUAUGGCCAGUCUGCUGUCAUUUGCUCUGGGUUAGAAGGGUGCAUAUAGGUGGCUAAUGCAGAGCAGAUGUCACUCAGUCCCUUCACUUAUCUUACGGUAACUUCUUUAUCCACCUCCAAAUUCCAUCUGCUUUGGGGAAGGGGAUCACUUCAGCGAUGUCAGUGUAGUUCAUGCAGUAUUCUUUUGCACAGACAAGGUCUAAGAAUGUAUCUUAUUAGAGAGAAGCCUCUGCCGUAGGUGAACGACGUGCAGAUUUUGGCUGCGCUCUAGACUAGAAUCUGUCCUUUACCUCAAAUGUUUGUCCAGAAAAAUUCAUAGGCGCCUUUCUGACAGCGCAAGAAAGGCAGCUUUUGGCCUACAUAACCCACAAUACUGCUGCUACCACCAUUGUGCCAAAGGAAGCAUCAUGUACACCUUCCUGCCUGGUAUUAGAAAGCCUUUAUAAAUAGGAACUUUAUUUGCUGGACUUGAGUUCUGAGUGUUUCCUGCUACCCUAAAUGACUCACAUAAUUAAUUGUGUGUGUGAAAGCUGGGAGUUCAUGUUUUAGAGACUCGUACUAGCUGCAGUCUUUAAGUGACUCUGCCAUUUUCACUAUCAGACCACUGAAACAACCAAGCCUGGUUUUGCUUAACUUUUUGGAUUUUGCUAAAUGCUUAUAGCCAUUAAAGGGACCGUUCAUAUGAGAAAGAAGAGGACCUUUUACAGUUUUACCCCAACUGAAAAUCAGGUCCAGCCUAUUUCACAAGUCCCCUUUGUCUUUAAAAGUCUGACUGUAUUCAGCGCAUCCCUUUAGCUAGUUUACCUUUUACGUGAACAAUUGUUUUCAAUUCUAGGAAUGGAUUUCCAAAUUCUUGCUUGGUAAGAUAACCAGCUAAGGGCUGUGAUGCAUUAGUGACUGAGGCUAGGACUCUGGAAAAGCUAUCAGCAUUGGAUCUAAUCUUGCUCAUAAAAGUCAAAGGAAGCUUUCUCUUUGAUUUCUGAAGGACCAGAGUCAAGCUAAUGCUGAGCCAGUUUGAAAAUCCCAUAUUGACACAUUUCUGAAGUCUCAGCCUUGGUAACUCCUGAGAGGAUACUACCUUCUAUUAGCAAAGGCUGGACAAGUCAUGUGCAGUUGUUCUUUUCUCACUAAAAAUCCCCUUGCAAUCUUGAUAGGAGACUCCCAGACUAAAUUUAAAAAUCUUGACACAAGUUACUGGCUUGUCAGUGAUUUUUGUCAGGGCUUUAAAUCAAAUGCCUUGUAGGUGUGUUUCAGGCUUCUACUAAAAUCAUGAAUUUCUUAAGCUGAUGCUGUGCUGUACUGGGGAGCAACACUACUUCCUUUGUUCCAAGGACUUUCAGAGGUGGUAGUAGCAGUGGACAAUCCCAAUCCAACUAUUACUGGCCAUGUCUGUCUCAUGCCUGCUAUGUGCAAACCAAGCUAAAGUGCUGCCUGCUCUUAAACUUUAAGUGAAAGGUUUGUCAAGACAGUAUCCAAUAAAUCAAACUCUGUAGACUUGGAGCUGCAUAAAUAGGCCCCGAUCUGCACCGAGAUCCUAAAAGAUUUGCGUUUUCUAAAUCAAAGUCUUUUGGAACCAGGAUUUCCCUAAAUAGUGCUAAUGGUCUGUUUUGACCGUUCUUUUCCCCUUCAGAGGCUAGAACUGCCUGGACAGAAACUUGCGUCCCACUGACCCAGAGACAGUUCGUAAUGAGCACCUGUUGUAGGCUACUGCCAACCUUGCUGUGAAAAAACUGAGGCAGCCAUUCUUUUCAAUUACCUUUAACCUUUAUCAAGCAGAAAAUUGACUUGAUGCCUCAUCUGCUCUUAAAGGGGCUCAUCUCCCCCACCCAGUAAAACCUCUGGAGCUAGUGCCGUAUAAAUAGUGUGUCUUAACAUUCACUAAUACAUGAACUUGUGCAUAAAUAUCCAAAGAAUCUGAAGCCAUGCUGCAGUGGUACUGCCAUAAUAAUGCUCAGGGCCAGAAAGUGUUCUACUGUUUGUGUAGCAUCUUCUUGUAGGAACUGUAGCAGGCUAGUGCACCUGGUCGAGGAUAGGAAGUAGCACUGCUCUGGGGCCUGUCCCCCCAACCUUUGCUUUCACCUCCCCUGUAGUCGUGCCACCACUGCCAUCUAAAUUCCUGUAACAACUUAACAGUGGCGACUUGUAGAAAUAGUCCGAGGCACUAAAACGCUAUGCAACACCAAAUAGCUUCUUCCCCGUCAAGAACAACAUACAAUCAUCAUUCUUCUGAGACAAGAAAAAUGCACCAGCUUUAUCCUGUCUGAAUGUUAUCUGUGUAAAUUUCUGGUGGUUAGAGUUAUCUAGGCCCUCUUAAAAUUUUACUCUCCCUUUGAAUAAAACGGUUAACAAGUCCUGCUUACAACCCAGGACUGGGAUUUAUUUCUUUUCUCUUUUGGGUGUGAAAUAUGAAUCAUGUUUUUAUGAUUUUUUUGUAAAUCUUUACUCUUUUUACACCUUGUUUUUGUAAGCUGAAAUUUCUUAUUAAAAGAAUAAAAUUCCA